GUAUUUGAUGACCACAGGUGGCAGCACUUAGCACUUCUCCUGCACUUCUCCUGCCACACCCAGUGUGCGACUUGCGUCAUUGAGGAAGAAAAAGAAAAACAGGAAAAAAGUAAACACCAGAACAAGAAGCCUCUCCAGAAAACACGCGAAUUUUGGAUUAAUUUGAGUAGGCAGGAUGUCUGCCACCAUGAAGAGGGCUGAUGGCGUCACCGUGUUGACAUUGACUUCUGACCCCAAAAGUUCCUUGCCUCCUGUACUACAAAUCCUCAAGGCCCUUUGCUAUAGCCCCGUUUGCUGCUCGGUGUCCCAGCACUUGAGUACAGUCAUGGGGAGUUCUCAGUCUUUACUGGGGGCUGUACAGAUCGUGGUAGGCUUGCUCAACAUCGGCCUGGGAGUCAUCCCCAUGUGCUUUGGUUACAACGCCUGGUGGUACGGCGAUACCAAUUUAUUUUCUUUGUGGAUGGGAUCAGUGUUUGUGUUGUUUGGCAUCCUGUGCAUUUUGUCCGAGAAGUACCCGAGUCCAUGUCUGGUCAUCAUCAAUGUGAUCCUGAAUCUGUCGGGUGUGGGCUUUGCCACUGUCGCCGUCAUCCUCUACUCCAUCAACAUUGCAGUCAUACCCAAUGGGAUGUGGAAUGUGUGCCAGCCCGGAUAUGAAGACGACUGGCCCCCUGUCAGUCUGACAUCUAUGAACCCCAACGAGAAGGCCUUAUACAAGAAAUGCUUGGAUGGAAAAGCCAUGAUUAUUAUGGUCCUGAGGGGCAUCAACGGUGUUCUACUGGUGCUGUGUGUUCUGGAGCUGUGCCUCGUCAUCAGCUCCUCCGUGUUGGCCAUCAAGGCUCUGAGGAGCAACAACAAGAGAGAUGAGAAGAGCCUGGAUGAUCCAGAACUCUACAAAGCACUUCUGGAGGAAGUCGCCCCUGUCAGCCCUUCAGCCUAAAUGUUGUUCUUCAUGCUGGCUGCACAGUGUGUCAAACUUCACCGCUGUCUUACUACUUAUGUUCUAUUUUAUAUGCAUGCUGUUUAUGAUGUCCUGCGUUCCUUUGCACUUUAGACAUGCCCUGCCCCUGAAAAGAAUCGUAUAAUCUGACUCUGCGGUGUCAUGCUCCAGCUGCUACCUUUUUUGAUCCCAACGCCGGACAGGUUUUUCCCAGUUUUUUGUAAGUUGUCUCUGUUUUCUGUUAGAGAGAGAAAGGAAGAGAACAAAAGUGAGGGGUAUUCAGGUGAAAUUUCAGGAUAAAGCUAAAAUGCACUAUAAUGUCCAACUGUUGGAGGGAUUCACUUUUUUGUGUUUUUGCGUAACUCGCCCAUCCCUAACUAGGAACUGAAAGGCAAGAUUCAUUUCCUGUUUGAGUUGGAAUUGGUAUUUCAAGAGUCCUCUUCGCCAUGCUGGUAAACAUUUUGGUAUCACGACACCAAGGCCACACCCAAUCCUUCAUCAACGUUACGGAAACUGGGAGAGUCACAGGCAGGCGCACUGUGUGUAAUUUAAAAAAAUGAAUACAAUUUCACCCGAGAACAAGUUGUGCAAAACGCACUGAAACAUCGUACAGCUACGUAUGUAUUUAUUUUUGUGUUCACUGAUUGUCCGAGAGGACAUGCAAAAAUAAUUUAGAUGGGUAAAAAAAAAAAAGAAAAAGUAUUGCGACUUAUUACGACCCCAAAUUGGUCAUGAACGUCCGCCGUACAUCACAGUGGCCAUUAUCAGAUGUAAAACCUCAAUUGUGACACUUUGAUCAGGAAUUACAUUAAAUACUUAAAUUUAGGAGGUACAAAGUCCAAACUGUGACUAAAAUGCGGAUCGGAUUUUGCGUUGAAUCUUCAGAUGAAGAGCAUCAUCCCUUGAGGUUCUGACAUGACAAUGUUUAGCACAAGUAGCGCACACAAGUGAAAGAAUCCGAUGGCUGGCUAAAAAGUGUAUUUCCUUUCGAGUACCAGUACUCACAGAGAUGUGCUUCCAGGACGUUAGCAUUUUAUUUUCAAAAGACGAGCCAAACAACCAUCACGGAUCGUCGAAAAGCUGUUCCGAUAGUUAGCUCGCAAAACUUUUGCGAAAUAACAAAAUAUUUCUGCGAGAUCUCGCAAAACUGUUUAUAUGAUGAGCAUUGUACUUCUGCUACUUCCGUUUUCGGAGCAGAUGUUUGCGUUGAAACUUCAAAUUAAGAGCAGCACAUUUGUUGAGUUUCUGAUACAACUGUUUACUUACACGAAAAGCAGUGCACACAAGACAAAGAAUCCGAUGUAUGGCUAAUCAAUGUAUUUCCUUUCGAGUACCAGUACUCAGAGAUGUGUUGCCAGCAACACUAGCGAGGACCGGAUGUUAGCAUUUUAUUUGCAAAAGACGACACGACUGACCAUCACGGAAUUGAAAAGUAGUUCCUAUAGUUACAGUAUCUUCAUACCUCUACAACUGUGCAGUAAGGGUUGUGGAAAUGCUGAAGAUGGACUUUAAAUGAUGCAAGCUAGGACUGGAAGUACGUCCUGUAGCUUCACAUUGUUUUGCGAGAUAACGCAACACGCUCUCGAGCAAGUUCUGCGAGACCAAUGGUUGUAAACAAAAAAAAAAAUCCUUUUUUUCUCCAUGUCCCCUACGGGGGCUCCGUAGAAAUUGAAACCAGCUAAAUGCAACAAAAUGGAGAGCAGUGAAGCAUACAAGUGUAUUCGACAGUCAAAUUGCACGCACAGCAUGACAAAUUACCGAAAGUGUGUCAGGUACCUUCGCAUAGUUUACAAAGUUUAGAGAGGUCUCGCCAAAAUGUAUGUUUUUUUUUACCCAUCAAAAUGAAUUCCCCACUCUGGGGCUCCGUCAUUUUCUUAUGUGCCUUCCAUAUUGAAAUUGCAGGGAACUUUGUGUGUAUUUUCACUGUCAGGUUGGCUGUUUCAGUCAAUAAUGACGGUUUUAACUGUAAUAUCUGUAAUAUGUGUAUGCUCUCCUGCUAUUCCUGGCAUUCCACACCGAAAUAUAACCAGAAUGUUCAAACGAGUGGGAAAAACUCUGCCCAGAAUAAAAUAUUUCCACUAUCAA